AUGUCUGUGUUAAGAGCAUUAGUUGUUUCUUUCAACCAUACUCUAAUUAAAAAAAUCGACGAAAACUAUGAACAAUCAAUAAUAAUACCGGUUAAUUAUAAUAGUAAUCAAUCAUUUUCUCCUUCAUUGUUCGAUGAUAAUCAACUAUUACCAGGACAAUCUCGAAUUGACUACAAAAUUCAUCAAGGUUUUACAUUGAAUGAAGAAAUACUCAUUAAAAAUGCAUUAGAAAUCAUUGCUAAUCGAUUAUUCAAACCAGAAAUCUUACAAAACAUGUAUAAUAUUUGUGGUACAUCAGGUGAAUUACUCGGAGCAAGAGUAUGGUCUCGUUCACAACUAGGAAAUGACAAAAACUAUCAUGGUAUGUAUGAUUUAUUACGUUUUCAAUUGAUGUGUCUCAAAAUAAAAAGUGAAAAUGAUCAAUGUCCCACUAUUCAUAUAUAUCCAAUGUAUGAAAAAAAUGAAACACAAGCUGAAGGAACUGUUGGAUGUAUUUCAUGUAUUUCACAUGGAUCAACAUUUUCAAUUGAAGGAAAUUUUCAAGUUAAAUUAAAUCGAUAUAAUCUUGAUGCAUUGAAUAAAAACGUUGAGAAUUUAGUAUAUUGGGCGGGAACUAUUGUACAUGAAAUGCUUCAUAAUUUAGGUCAUAAACAUAAAAAUAAUGAUUAUAGUAAUCAAUGGCAAAUUAAUAUAUUUGAAAAUUGUUUUAUUUAUAAUGGAAAUUAUUCAAUUUGA